AUACUUUCUCUCCAAGAUUUUCUCCGAGAAAACCACUUUCUCGGACUUUCCCAGAUUUUCUCAAUCCUAAUUCCCACAUCUCAGAAAACCCCAAACCAUGAAGAAAUCAGAACUCUUAGCCGCCUCCGUCGCCGCUGCCUCUGCCACUGCGAUCUCUGCUUCUUCCUCUUCCCCAAGCUUCUCUCGCAAUCCCAAUUUCGAGGCUUCAACUGAGGUUAGUCUCUGAAUUUCACUUCUGGGUUGCUUUUUUUGCUUCUAUUCUUUGGAUUAGAACUGGGUUUGCUCGAUUUUCUUCUUAUAAUUCUUUUAGUAUUAGUUUCCCCUGAAUUAUGCCCUGUUUGGUUGCCUAGAAAAUGUUGACAAAGAAUUGGUUUGCAACUUUCAAUUGAAGGGUACAAAAAGCAGUAGUUUUUUAGUUUUCUUAUCUUUGGAUGAGAACUGGGUUUCAACUUUUACUUCUUAUACGUUCUUGCCUAGAUUCCACCCUGUUUGGCUGCCUAGAAAAAAAUGACAAAAUUGUUAAUUCAGUUCACAACUUUCCAUUCAUAGGUAUGGCAGAAGAAGAUAAACGUUUUUCUUUCUUUUUCUCUAGGCAACGAAACAGAUUUUUUUCUUACUGUUUGGUUGUUUCUGGGAGAGUCAAUUCUUUGUCCUUUCUCUGUCCGACUGUUAUUUCUGAAAAAUUAAGGCAAACCCUUUUGUAAAAAUUCAGUAUAACAUGCUUCUAUGUGUUUGAUUUGGUAGGUUAAGAAAGGUGAGGAAAAUUCUGGGGUCAAAAGAUCGGCUUCGAGGGAUAAAUUUGCACCAAGGUUCGAUGGACUGAGGUUCAUUGAAACAUUGAUCACUGCUCAUAGAUAAAGCUUGGCCUUUUGGCUUCAUUUCACCAAAACUUUAAUCUUACCUUUUGAAGGCAUCUAUUUUUGGCCCUUCUACAUAGUUUUUAACUUUCAAGAGAAAAAGUGAGAAAUGUAAUAUUAAUCUAAGUUUUUGUACCUUUGAUUUUAACAGAAUUAGGUUCCCUUCUUAUGUCCAGGGCUUUUUCUUCUUUUCUUGAAAAUUUCGACUUGUGGACGUGUGGCAUUUUAGAGAAAAAAAAGAUGUGUAUAAUUGAGUUACCAGGAUUCAAAGCAGAUGCAUUAUAUUCCCUUCUAAUGUCAUAAGUUGUAUACUCUUUAGAAUUGUUGAUAUACUAUAUAAGUUUAUUUUAUAAAAUAUGAGUUAUUAG